GGUUUGGAGGGAGGGACGGGGAACACGGUGGGACCGGGUAGCCGCCUUCCUGUUUCCGCUUGUCGCCGCCUAACAAUGGUGGUGGCGGUGUGAGGAGUGCGGCCUCGACUGAACGUUGUCUCUUUGCCCGGAUUGAGCUGGUAAAAUCUGUUUUAACUCAGUAUGGAAAAUGCUGCUAAUGAAGAUAGUGGAAGAAAUGAGCAGGCUGACACUCAUUCGACUAAUGAAGAUCAGCGCAGGCAUCAGUCGGACCGCCUAGAUCGGGAGGAAGCCUUCUAUCAUUUUGUCAAUAACCUGAGUGAAGAGGAAUACAGGCUGAUGAGGGAUAAUAACCUGUUUGGUACACCAGGGGAAAUUACAGAAGAAGAACUUACCAGGCGCCUGCAGCAAGUAAAAAACGGCACAAUUCCGAACAACCCUGAUGCUCGAAGGAGUGAAGGCUCUGGUGACAAUCGAGGUGGCGAAGGUUUGGACGAAGGAUCAAGUGGUGAUUCUCUUCUGGAGUGGUUGAAUGCUUUCAGACAGACGGGAAACACAACGAGAAGCGGGCAAAGUGGGAAUCGCUCAUGGAGAGCUGUCAGUCGUACAAACCCAACAAGUGGAGAUUUUCGAUUCAGCUUGGAAAUUAACGUAAGUCGUGGUAGAAUUGAUCAAAGUGCCGAAAUGGAAAGUGAACAAAUGGACACUUCGAAUGCAGCAACAACGUUGCCACCAACAGAAGAGGCAGUGACGCCUGUACCAUCAAGAAGCAUAAACCCCUCCCCACCUGCAACAGCACAACCUGCGCAAGCAGUAACAGCUCCACCAAUAACCAUUACAGAAGAAAGUGUCCAAAGUGAACCUGAAAGGUCUGAAUCUGGUGUUACUAGACAGAGCAGAAGACCAAAUGGGGAACUGUCUUAUGAAAACAGCUAUGAACUUUUCCGACAGGACCUUGAAACCCAGCCACCGCAAAGUCGUGCAAGGAGUGGUAGAAGCAGAAGCCCCGAACGUCGGCGGUCAUCUAGAACAAGAAGCAAUCGAAGUCGGUCGCCCUUGCAUCCAGUUGAAGGAAUGAGUCGAUCACGGCGCCAGAGUUCUCUCCGAUCUGAGAGAUCCAGUUCAGAAAGUGGGACAGAAGGAAGUUCCAGAACUAGACAGCAUAUAGUGUCCAGGCAGAAUCGGGUUGGAGAUGAAGUGCGGGCGGAAGUAACCAACCCCUUUUCUACAUCUGAGUCGAGUGAACCUCGAGAGCCUUCCCAAGAAGCUGCUGAUCCUGCAGAAGCGACCGUCAAUGAUUCGUCUGUAGCUGGCCGGCGACCACCAACCAUUAUGCUAGACUUGCAGGUGAGAAGGGUGAGACCUGGUGAAAAUACGGAUAGAGAUAGUAUAGCCAACAGGACCCGCUCGAGAUCCCAAACAACAGACAACACAGUUGUGUAUGAAAGUGAGCGGGGUGGGCUCAGGCGCACAUUUUCCCGCUCUGAGCGAGCAGGGGUGAGAACUUACGUUAGUACCAUUCGGAUUCCAUUUCGCAGGAUUUCUGAUUCGGGUCUUGGGGAGGCUGCCUCAGUUGCUCUCCAAACCAUACUUCGCCGAAUAAUGAUGGGUGGGGAAUUGAGUUCCUUUGUGGACAGUGACAGUGAUUCUGAAACGAGCAACAGGGGCCAAAAUCCAGUGCAAGAAGUCUCUGAAUCGCAAAACAACACAAGUGAAUCACCCAACGUGGCUUCCACGGGCAGAACAGGAGAGCAGCGGACGGCGGCACAGCGGAAUAGCGGCGAGACGGAUAGCACCACUGGUGCAAGGAGAAGAGAAGGUCAGCAGACUCGAGGCCUGUUUGGCCUUGAAGAAAGUGGUACUUUGCCCAUACUUAGGCUGGCCCAUUUCUUCUUGCUAAAUGACGAAGAUGAGGAUGAUCAGCCCAGGGGACUGACCAAAGAGCAAAUUGACAACUUGUCCACAAGAAAUUUUGGGGAAAGUGAUGCAAUUAAAACCUGUAGCGUGUGCAUUAGUGAGUACACUGCUGGAAACAAGCUGCGCAAGCUUCCCUGCUCACACGAAUAUCAUGUUCACUGUAUUGAUCGCUGGCUCUCUGAAAACUCCACAUGCCCCAUAUGUCGUCAGGCCGUUUUAGGUCGCACUGCUGGAGAUAAUGUUGGCUAGUGUAUGGCCUCCAUCAGUUUGUGUCCCAGUAUUGGUGUAAAGUAGAAUUAGCUAGCUGUACUAAACAGUGAACCAUAUAAAAUUAUACUUCAGAAUGCAGAGGGAAUUUCAAAAUAGCCAUACCUAAUAUUUCUGUGUGACUGCUUCCUGACUUAUGUUUAAAAAGUUUUUUUUGCAAAUCUUUAACAUGGGUUUGAACAUUUUGUAUUGAUUCUAUUGCAAGUGUGCACUGUUGCAUUGUUUAUGAAUUGAAACAAUUUUACCAUGCUUAUAAAUGUAUUUAGGGAACAAUUCUGGCAUCUGGUUUCUUAAUUAAUUUAACCCGUAUUUAGGAUUUGUUCUUAGCAUGGUAAGUAACUUAUUUAAACUAAUGCUUUUGCUUUCAUUUUCCUUGCCCUAUGAUUUUUGUCAUGCAGUUAGCAUUUCAUUUGGGUUAGUUGUACUGAAUUCCAUUUCUUUCCCCUUCUUUUCUUUGGAUUUUUUAAUCAAAAUUGUUCCCUUUUCUGAUGUAUAGUUUUGGUUUAUGUGCACACUUACAGUGGUGUAUUUUAGCAAUUCAGAGUAUUCAUUGUUGCAGGAUCUAUGUAUAGGAUGGAGAAAUUGGCCAAUUAAAAUAGCAAUGCAAAUUCACUGCUAUAUAAAAAUUCUAAUUUACUGUACAUCUUUAAUGAACGAAUUGCCUUAUUUUACAACAUAUACAUCUAUGGGACUAAUUGGAAGUAUUCAACAGUUUUCUGUACUGUGAAUUUGUUUACUAUCUUUCAUUUCUCAGUCAACAUUAAAAAAAAACCUGAUUUCAUCUUUUUUUUGGAGUUACUCUGUACAUCUCUUUGAGGUUCUUGCCUCUCCACCUUGCACCUUCAGUUUUAAGAAAGACAUUUUAAUGUGGGCAAUGAUCCAUGCUGUGGAAUAAGUCGUUUGUCUUUGGGAAGUUGGCUGCUUUUUUCUUUCUCUAUAAUUGAAUGGAACAGUGAGGCUGUGUAUGGACAUGUUAGCCUCUCACCACAUUUUUGCAAACCUCCAACAUUGCGCCACGUAAUCUGUGCCUAAUAAAAGACCUUUGUCCAGCUCACUACUUGGAUGUUGUUUGGUUUUACUGUAAUGUUCGGCACCAUCGCCAGGAUGUGAGAAAGACUAAUUUUUGAAAUGCUUAUUGGAAUAUUGGGGUCCUCCUGUGCUGGUUAAGUGCAGACCUGGUCUACGUGAAAAAUAAGCUCUGGUAUUCUGCCAAUUGACAUGUUGCAUCUUUAAGUUGUAAAAUGCAAGGAUGCUGAGUAUCUAUAUAAAGGAAACUCCAAUUUUGUUCAUUCAACAAUGAAAUUGAAAUACAUUUGUAAUAUAACUGAUGUAACUGAAUGGAAUAGUUUUUUGAGGCAGAAUGCCAGUUUUUGUUUUUGAAUAUAUAUAGGCAGGAUUGUGGGAAGUAAUGACACUAUUUGGUCUCUUGCUUACCCAAAUGUAUAUGGAAAAAUUGGUUUGUACAAAAGUAACCAGAUAUGAAUGGCAUCUUGUAUAAAUUUUAAAUGCCAAUAUUGUAAUGUGUAAUUUCAUUACUUAGUUAAAUGCUACAGAGCCAAUAUUAUCAGAAAGGAAUAUCACAUAGGAAUCCCACAGAUUGUGGUCAGCCCUGCAUAAGGUGAGCUGUAUAGUAAGGAUUGAAAGCAAAUUAGGAGAUGAGUGAUUUAAGAAUUCAAGGGAGAGUUCUGCAGCUGCAGGAGUCUUGCCAAAGUGCAUGCACUUUGGUCCACUGUACAAGGCUUGUUUAAAGUGAUUUAGUUUAUUUAUGUAAUCUGUUGUACUAAUUUUUUGUAAAUUAGUAACUAAGUUUUGAUGCAAAAAUGUUUGAUUAUCCAGUUGUCAUUUUGCUUUCUGGAGAAAAGGAAACGUCAAUUGCAGAAAAACAUUUAUCUUUUGACAUUGACCAUUUAAAGAAUUGGGGUAUCUAUAAAUGUUAAUAAAGUAUUGCACGAUAAACUA